ACGAUCCAAACAAGUAUCAGCUGUGUUGCAGUCAUUGUUCCCUGGCUUGCCAUCCGUUUCGGUAGGCGUACGAACGGCUUCGCUUCUCUGUGUUCUCCGUGUUAUCUCCGAUCGAGUGGAACGACAUCGGCAAGACGGCUGCGAGAGUGACGACCCUGUGAUCCGGACGGGACACGCGACAAGUCGUACGAGCGCUUUUAGGUUCUGGGCACGGCAAGUGGCGAGGAGAAGAAAAAAAAGAGGGGAGGCUAGGACGGGACGAGGACAGGAUCUUUUUUCGUUCUCUUAACGCAAUCGUGGCUGCGUGCGUGCUCAGGAGCCCCCGACCCCAGCUCCGGCCGCCGAUCACCGACGAUAACCACCCACGGGAGACAAUAAUCGUGUGAAAAACGGGGCGGUACGCGCAUAAGCCUGGCCUCGAGCGGCGAGUCGGACGACGGUGGACUCGCUCCGCCACCGUGCAAAAGGUCCCGUAGUAGUUCUCAGCCGGCUAGCGUACCACCAGCGGACGAGAACCACUCUUCCUCUAGCCUGGACAUGGAUAAUUAUCGUAUGCGCUACAGCUUAAUGCAACAGCAAGCCGCAAACAGUGGCGUAUCUUCUGGACUACAACAGAAUGGAGACACAGCAGAUUCUGGUGGAUCGCAAAUUGCCAAUGGCAAUUUGUUGCCAGAAACAGAUAAUGAUGUCAGUGGUGUGAAUGGGGAAGCAAAUCCAAGUUCAGGACCUCCAAAGAUAAUGGACAAAACUAAUCAGGACAUUGUGAGACUGAUCGGACAACACUUGAAGACAGUUGGUUUAGAUCGUACUGCGGAUCUGCUCAUGCAAGAAUCAGGAUGUCGACUAGAUCAUCCCGCUGCGGCAAAAUUUAGACAACACGUUAUGGACGGCGACUGGAGCAAAGCGGAUCACGACCUCAAUGAACUCAAGUCUUUUCUAAACAGUGCAAACCAAAGUUUAGUGGAGAUGAAGUUCUUAUUAUUGGAACAGAAAUAUUUGGAAUACUUAGAAGAGGGUAAAGUAUUGGAAGCAUUACAAGUAUUACGUAACGAGCUUACACCUUUGGGCCAUAAUACCGGUCGCGUUCAUCAGUUGUCCGCAUUUAUGAUGUGCAGUGGACGAGAUGAAUUACAGAUACGUGCAGGCUGGGAUGGUAAAGGACCAGCUUCCAGAGCUGCUCUUAUGGAUAGACUACAAAGAUACCUGCCACCCUCCAUUAUGUUACCACCGCGCAGACUUCAUUCUUUACUUUGUCAAGCUGUGGAAAUGCAAAAUCAACAAUGCACGUAUCAUGUAACACAUACGCAGCAGACAAGUCUAGAAAACGUCUCUCUGCUUGUGGAUCACAGCUGUAGCAAGGAAGAAUUUCCGUGCCAUACCAUACAAAUACUCAAUGACCAUUGCGACGAAGUUUGGUAUUGUAAAUUCUCGCCCGAUGGUCUCAAACUCGCCACAGGUUCUAAAGAUAUGACUGUAAUUAUAUGGGAUGUAGAUCCAGAAACGUUGAAAGUAACACAUAGAAAAACACUCGAAGGACAUACAUAUGGCGUAGCGUUAAUCACUUGGAGCCCCGAUAGCACUCAUCUGAUCGCUUGCGGUCCUGAGGAUUGCCCCGAGUUGUGGCUCUGGAAUGUUGACACGCCAGAUUGUGAGUUACGUGUAAAACUAACUCAAAGUACGGAUGACUCGUUAACGGCCUGCGCAUGGCAUCGUGAUUCGAACAAGUUCGUCGCGGGAGGUCUCCGUGGUCAAUUCUACCAAUGUGAUAUGGAUGGCAAUGUUUCUGAGACGUGGGAAGGGAUAAGAGUAAAAUGUCUAUGGUGUCGAAACGAUGGCAAAACAGUCUUAGCGGCCGAUUCACAUCAUCGAAUUCGCGGAUACAACUUCGACGAUUUAUGCGAUUUCACAAUAUUACAAGAGGAUCAUCCUGUCAUGUCAUUUAGCGUAAAUAAAACUGAUCGACUUGCGUUACUUAACGUUGCGAAUCAAGGUGUUCACCUUUGGGACUUACAUGAUAGAUGUCUUGUAAGACGUUUUCAAGGUGUCACUCAGGGACAUUUCACUAUUCACAGCUGUUUUGGAGGAGUUAAUCAGGACUUUAUUGCAUCUGGCAGUGAAGACAAUAAAGUAUAUGUAUGGCAUAUCAAAAGAGAACAACCUAUAGCGACCCUCAUAGGACACAGUAGGACAGUCAAUUGUGUUUCGUGGAAUCCCGUUUAUCACCAAAUGAUGGCUUCCGUAUCGGAUGAUUGUACAGUAAGGAUAUGGGGUCCAAGAUCAGCCUGUCCGGAAGGAUCCGAUUACGAUAAAGCUGCGCUAGAAGCUCCCCCUUCAAAUAUUGACAUCUGGCGCGCAAUGGUAUCGUAGCGAACUACAGCGCAUCAGGGUUCCCAUGACCUCAUGGUGUUCAAAAGACUGUCGUGUUGAUUGUCAUACUGACAUUUUUCUGCCUUCUGCAGUUGCCCUUCUAUACCUCACUACUGUCGCUCUUAGCCACCAUCCAAUGCGUACGGAGAUAAUAGGAGGGAUGUAUAUGUUAGCAACAACUGCUAACCAUUAAAAACCGAAGCCAACCAUCGAGUGUAAUUUUCACAUUUGUGCAUAUAUACUUUUUGUUUCAUAUUAUCUUACGGAUUUUAUAUACAUCAUGGAAUUCGUUGUGUUAUCUCGAUUGAAAACGUUGAGUGAUUUAAUUACGAGAACUAAUAAUCGAGAAUACGGUAUAAUACGGUAUAAUAUAAUAAAGUAAUGUUAUACGGCAGAGUAGAAAAUGAAGAAAAUUCCGUCUUAGAGAAUUGGUGUCUAAAGAUAAAAUUAUAUCCAACAACAAACGGCAACAUAUUGUGCAUGGAAUGAAUCCACAUAAUAAUCUUGGAACAAUAUCGUAGAGAUAUUAUGUUUCGACGAGAAUUUUGUCAGAUUUGACUCUAAUUGUACUAAUAAGCACUGUAAAAAGAUACCACAGUCUCGGGUCUAGAGUUUUAUUCGAAAUUGGUCAUCUCGAUUAGUGAUAUAUAUAUAUACAUUAUUUUAAUGUGUUAUGUUUUGCAGUUUUCGUCUUUUCUUAAGAGACUGUAUAAAUUUUCAAGUAUGUAUCGUAAUCUUGUGAGGGAUUAUCGGAACUUUUGGCGGACUGAGCGGGAAUUCGAAAAUGUUUAGUGGAGAAAUAAAUAUUUUGCUGCGUUUCUAGUGCAGCGUAACGAACUACAGAAUUUAAAGAGCGAUAUUUGUAAAUGUGUGAAAUCUUUUCCUUCUAUUUGUUCAAGCAUUUAUAAAGAAAAAAAAGAAAAAAAAGAAAAACACGAUGAUAUAUCAAUUUUUAGUUGGAUUUAUAAUCGUGUGAUUUGCAUGAAAAAAAUUAUCCAGUCUAUGUGUAUUAUCGAGAAGGUCUCUAGGGAAUGGGGAUCGAGUGCGCUCCGAGUUUUAUCGAUACCAUCCGCAGCGUGUUCGAAACUUGCAGUAUUAUGAGUAUUGUGAAGCGUAACGGUAUCUAAUCACAAAUCGCAAUCUCACAAGGGUUUAUCGGUCUUUUGCGGAUUGAACGGAAAAAUUCGAUGAAGAAAUACAAAUUUUGCUGCUGCUUGUGAUAUUUUUAUCGCAGCAUGACAAAUCAUACUACGCUAGCUUUAAGGGAAUGAGUGGGUUUAUUUACAUGUUUUCUCAUUUCAUAAUGUUAAACAUUAAUGUUAAACAUUUCAUAAUGUUAAACAUUUCAUAAUGUUAAACAUAAGGCAGCGAAUAGAACUUUUAAAAUCGAUGUUACUUUUGGCACUGCAAAAUCUUGGCAACAAUCUCCCAUUGGAAAUUCAUACUAGUCGACUGCUCCUCGCUGUUGUUACCAUUCUUUGACUUUAUGAGUUCGUUUCCUCGAUCGUUUAUGCUUUACGAUGUGACAUGUUUUGCAUCUCCAAUCGAUUGCUUUCUAUGAAUUUUUCCGCGCUUUCUGAUCUUGAGAAUCCUUGUUAAACGAUCAUAUCCUUAUAAAUAAAUGGUUUUGAAAUUCUAGAUUAUAAAUUGUGGGCACAUGUGUAUACUCAAGUGGUAUAUCUGCAUCUUGAGUGCAUGAAAAAAAAAAGUCCAAUACCUACGUCUUCAUUGUUUACGAUUGUAUAAGUGUGAGUUUAUAAGCAUUUCAAGAUUUGUGUGUAUGUAUGUGUUUGUGCGUAUAACAUAUAUACUAUGAAUUGAUUAACUGAUAUUUUAAAUAACAUUUUAGGAUUAUAUAAAGAAUGAAAUUUAUGACUGAACUUAAGAAAUUUUUAGAAAUUCUGAAACAUUUACAAAUUCUAAAACUUCUAUAACUGGAAACUGAAUAAAUGAACAAAUGGAAUCAGUCCUUUUUCUUCCGAGGUACAGAUACACAUCUGUACAAAGUUUAUACACACAUAUAUAUGUAUAUGUGUGUGUAUAUAUAUACAUAUAUAUUUACCUGUAUAUUCGUUUUACGUUUCAAGGUACUCAUAAUAAUUUCAAAAAGACACCUCAUCUUUCGAUUAUAUUUUAUUCCAACAGAUUUUAGGUGGUAUCGAUGUUACUUGGUAUGUACUCGUUUUUUCGAUUCUUGCAAUUCUUUGCAGAUGACAAAUCCACGAUUUUUGGAGGCAUUAUUCACGAUUUAAAUUGAACGAUAUUUAAAUAUCGAAAUAAGAGAGAUUGCGACUCAUGAUUACAUAUUGAUGAAUUCGGCUUUGUCUUUAGGCGUCUAUUAGGGAACUGUACGAAUAGUGACCUAGAGUUCUAAAACGAUGGAUAACGAGUUUGGUAGAUUGUGCAAAAUGCAUAAGUGAAUUUCACCAUUCGUGUAGUACCCUUGUGAUUGCCACAGGCAGAUCUUUAACUAAUGGACCGCCCCGCACCACUCUAUUAUUGUUAUUAAUAUUAUUUUUUAUUAUAAUUAUAUUAUUAUGUACGUCAUUAGGCUAUAUAAUUUUUUCUUCAGUCGAGCAUUUAACGUGAAUAACGAAAAUGUUUUUAAGUGAAAUUUAAUUUAUUUAUGUGUAAUUAAACAAUUUGUGAAAUGACAAACAUACAUAGGUAAUGUUGAAGAAUUACGAAUGUUGUACUCGUCUUAUUAACUGCCAUGAAUCGAAGGAUGUAAUGUGUUCUUUUUCGUCACUUAUAACUUGACAAAUGGUUAUAGUAGAUACAUUACGCAGUAUUACUAGAAUGAGAAGAUCGGUGUAGCGACGAUACACAAUAUUCAAGAAGAUUCUUAGAUUCGCUUCUUUUUUUUCAAAUUAUUGUCUGCACUCUCAUAAACAUAGUUUUUUAAUUCUGAAGAUUACACGUGAAGAAAAAUUGGAAUACAGAAAAUAAAAUUUUGACAGAGAUACACACUUAGAACACAAUGGCAAUUAACGGGAUGAGUAUAUUAAAGAAAAAAAAACGUUCAAUUUAUUUUACUGUCCGGAGUAAACAAGAAGUCUGAGAAUAUCGAGAGAUGUAGGAUAUACCUAUAUAUAUAUGUAAACUUGUACAAACAAAAAAAAAGAAGAAUAAUAAUACCUUUGCAACAUGUACAACUAUUAAACACAUUUACAUGCAAAGAAAACUUCUGUAGUUGAUGAUUCUAAUGUUAAAACAGGAAAUAACGUAAUGUCAGUCACACUAUUAUCAUUUGCAUUUAGCAACAUUUACCUCUGGUGCCUUAGCACUUUACGAUCCGAACGAAAAUUCAUAAAUCUCUCGCGUAAUUCAAAACGUUAUUUCACUCGUGACGCGACGGAUUCUACAGUCCUGGGUAUAACGAAGCUGUAUAGUAAUAAUUCCAACAAGCUACCUUUAUAAAUAUCCUUUAAAAUUCACUCGCAUAUGCAUACUUGAAUUAAUCUUACGCAUUCUUACGUUAGCCCGAUACACAUGAAACUUCAACUAGAUACUACGAAUCCACUAUUGUAUAACGUUGAAUGUUGAAUUGUCCGUUUGUUAUAAGUAUUUGUAUAUCUACCGUUGUACGAUACUCUGAGAGAGAGAGAGAGAGAGAGAGAGAGAGAGAGAGAGAGAGAGAAAGCAAUAAUAAUAGCUUCCGAAAUUUUUAAUUUUCAUAGAUAAAUGUGCAAAAACGAAAUGGUUGUGUAUAAUGAAGAACGAAUUAGUGUAUUACUAUACGGUCAAAUAUCUCGAUUUAUCUUUUAUCACUAGACAAAUAAAGGCAAAGCUCUCAAUUGUA